AUCAACUGUUCGAAUUUUAGCAGAGAACGUAUAUAUACGAUAUACGUUCUCUGAUGUCAGCUGCAAAGUAAAAAACAUCAUUAAAAAAAUAUACAAAAUACACUGCAAAAGCAAAUGUCAACGUAAGUUUUUUUUCGUUGUGCUGCCGACGAUGUUUUAAUUUUCGCUUGUUCUGUUUGCAAAUGAGCUACAUUAGGUGCGAUAGUGGUUAUAACUGAAAAUAUUACCCAAAAAUACACGUCACAAAACAGAUUAGACUGAUAGUCAGCAGGAAGCGAAUGUUUGCGAUUUCCUGGCGUUGGCGGAGGCGUUGCCUUAAUUUGGUGCAAAUUUAGUUUGGAAUAGAAGUGUAGCCGCUGGAGUUGCUUAGCGCCAAUAAGCCAAGCUUUGACCUUUGCAACGAAAGCAAUCGCUAUAAAAUAAUAGUACGAAAAUCAAAAACGCCAUAAGAAUAUUACAUCAAUUAAAGUAACCAGCGAGGGAUUACUAACAACUGCAACUGGUGUCAUUUACAUUUACUAUUUCUUAGCAUUAUUAUAAGUUGAACGAUUUUUGCGGAGUAAUUGGCAAAAGCUAAAGUCAAUAUGGCAUUCCAAUCAUUGGUUAGAUUCUAUAUGGAGAUACCGACAGUGACUCGCAUAUAUACAACAGCAUGUGUACUGACGACUCUAGCAGUGCACUUGGACCUGGUGUCUCCGCUGCAACUAUAUUUCAAUCCCACGCUCAUACUUUGGAAACUACAAGUUUGGCGACUUGCCACAACAUUCCUAUUUUUCGGUUCAGUGGGCAUAAGUUUCUUUUUUAAUAUGGUUUUCACAUAUCGUUAUUGCCGGAUGCUGGAAGAGAGCUUCUUUCGCGAUCGCACAGCGGACUUCGUCAUGAUGUUUCUCUUCGGUGGUGGAUUAAUGAUCUUCUUUGGUCUCUUCGUGAACCUACUGUUUCUCGGUCAAGCCUUCACAUUAAUGUUGGUUUAUGUGUGGUCCCGCCGAAAUCCUUUUGUGCGUAUGAGUUUCUUUGGCGUACUAAACUUUCAAGCGCCUUACUUGCCAUGGGUCCUAAUGUGUUGUACAAUGAUACUAGGAAACACUAUUUGGGUUGAUGUAGUUGGAAUGGGCGUGGGUCAUAUUUAUUAUUUCCUGGAGGAUGUGUUUCCAUUUCAAGCGAACGGUUACAGAAUCCUUAAAACGCCACAUUUUCUGAAAGUGCUGUUUAACGAGCAUAUUGAGAACAACAUCCCUCCAUGGGUAGGCGACCGACCGGGCGGUUACCAUUGGGGUGCCGAUGAAGCAGAAAACGUGGGUGCACAGGUAGCGGACGCUGGCGCAGGUGAUGGCAACGAUGUUAACCAACGAUAAAAAUAAACUAGUUUGUUUUUGUACUUCUACCAUCCAAUGUACUGAGACAAUUGCACACAUAUUUCAUAAAAAAAUUAAAACAAAUGGGUAUAGGAGAAAUGUCUUAGCACAUAUAUACAUUAAAUAAAAGUAAUUAAAUAGUGAAAAGGCAAUAAAUAAACCAAAUGUUUAAAAAUAUAAAUCCAACUUGUCAAUACCAUUCAACUUGUUUAUGUCGCUUUAGUUUUAGUUUUUUUUUUUUUUUUGAAGAGAUCGGAUUAUUAAAAAAGUUUGUUUAGAUUUUAUACCGUUUUAUUUAUUUAUUAAGGAUUUUUUCCAAAUUAAAAUGCUGUUUAUAAAAACGUAUUUAUGCACACACACAUUUAUGAAAUAUAAAAAUAAAAGCCCUAGUUGUAUUUAGUGUGUAGUUUAUUGAUCCCAGAGAAUGAUAAUUUAUCAGGAUGUAUGUAUUUAAUUUUCGAAAAUGAUGUCGCAAGAAUUUAGGAGAGUACGAAACUGUCUAUGUAAAAUUAAAUAUUUUCAUAUUAUUAUUAUUUUGUUUUACCUAUAAAUAAAAAGUUUAAAUGCUUACCUACAAAA